AAUAAUCUACUGAACACUCACUAUGCACACUAUACGAUGCAUUUGGAAAUGGAAUGGAGGUCAAAAUGUCAGACCGUGAAAGAUGAUAUACCACUUGCACUACAGGCCAACGGGAAACACAACAACAUUAUCAUCUUGCGCUCUCUCUUUCUCCAACUCUACGUGGCACAUCCGAACAUAUCUGAACAUUGGACUAUAUAGUUGAAUGAGUGGAAGAUGAGUUCUCGACAUCAACGUCAACGUCGAUACUUCCCUCUUGAACAGAGCAACCCAUCGACGUCUGCUGACCAAAGCAUUGUGAGGGCUUGCAACAUCAAAUAUGUGAGCCUGUGCGUGCUUGUACUCCAGAAUGCAUCCCUUAUCCUCAUCAUGCGCUACACCCGGACGCUUCCCGGUGACCGUUACUUCACGUCCACCGCUGUCGUUGUCUGUGAGGCACUCAAGAUGUUCACCUGCGUCUUCAUCAUCCUCCUUCAGCUGCGAGGCAAUGUCCUGGAGUUGUGUGUUUUCCUGUGGCAGCAUAUCGUCCUGCAACCGAUGGACACCCUGAAACUGGCUGUACCUUCAGUCAUCUACAUGAUCCAGAAUAACCUUCUUUUCAUUGCUGUGUCAAACCUUAAUGCUGCCACUUUUCAGGUGACGUACCAGUUAAAGAUCUUGACUACUGCCCUUUUCUCCUUGAUAAUGCUGAAAAGGACAUUGAGCUCUCUCCAAUGGUUUGCAUUGGUACUUCUGUUCAUCGGAGUAGCCAUCGUUCAGAUGCAGCCAGGCGAUCCUUCUAAAGAAGCUACCGAUAGCACAACGGCAGAACAGUCUCCCAUGAAGGGCCUGAUAGCCAUUCUCCUUUCCUGCCUAUCCUCCGGAUUUGCAGGUGUGUACUUUGAGAAGAUCCUCAAAGGCAGUCAAGGGUCUAUCUGGUUGCGGAACAUCCAAUUAGGACUGUUUGGAUCUCUCACAGGUAUCCUGGGUAUCUGGCUGAAAGAUGGCUCAGAUGUCAUUGAGAAAGGUUUCUUCUUUGGCUAUACAAAGUAUGUUAUCCUUGUGAUAGCCUUGCAGGCAUUUGGAGGACUCUUGGUUGCAGUGGUUGUGAAGUAUGCAGACAACAUCCUCAAGGGAUUUGCCACAAGUUUUAGUAUUAUCAUAUCAACAGUAUUUUCGGUGUAUCUAUUUGGAUUCAUGAUCAACAUCCAAUUUUGCCUAGGAGCAGGACUUGUGAUAUUGGCCAUAUAUCUUUACAGUUUGCCAAAACCAGUAAAUACUCAACCCGUAGUGUCCGAAAUGAGUAAGACAACAAGUAAUGGUACAUGAUUGAUUCAUACCUUGUAAUUAUCUAGCAAAUAGAAAUAGCAAUUUUUAAAUGGUUUGCACAUACCGGUACCAACCGUCACUUCCAAUUUUUUUAGUCCUAACUGACAAAGCCAAUCGAGCAAUAACACAGAAAGUGACAUUAUGUAAAGGACCACAACUAUUUUUCUCCUGUUAUCCCUUACCGCCACACCAUCAUUACAUCUCUCCAGCAAACAUACAUCAAAUUAAGAAGAUAAAGUUGCUGCUUCUUUGAUUCUGCUUCUUACCCUUUUAUACCCCUCAUUAAAUCUGAUAAAUGUCAUCCUGUUGUACAUUCCUAUAAUUGCAAUUUAAUGUAGUUUUCAUUUCCAUCUGUAUUGGGUAUUGUCUAUUCAGGCAAAUAAUGAUGAUAAAGAUAAUGAAUGAUAGUAAACACGUGUUAGCUUUCUGUUAUUAUCUGAAUUGUUACGUGCAAUAUUUCUUUUAUGUCAUUGUUCUAAGAAAACUGGCAAUUCCAUUCACCGAUCUAGGAAGAAUGAAAUUAUUAUAAGUAAUAAUCAUAUUUGAUAUGUAAUGUAUGUAUUGUUCCUUUAUCAGCAAAUCUUGGUGCUCAAGUUUUUCAAAUCUCACCCGGCAUAGCUGGGCAACUGUGCUCACAGCAUUCAAAGAACUUCCUCCCAUUGACACCUGUUAACUUCUUGGUGGAGAGUGACAAAAGUAGAAAAUAUCUUGCAAAAGAACAUUUGUGCCAUGGUGGGAUUUGAACAUGGAACUAUUGUUGGAACUCUCUCAACACGUUGACAGUUUCACCCACUAAGACACAAAUUUCACUUCAUCCAAUUGAAAAAGCUUUCUGUGUUAGUGCUGGAUUGGCAGUUGUAACUUUUAAUUGGCAAAGAUGAUAAGGUAUAAGCCAGAUCCUGUCUUAGAAAUUCAGUUUCAUUUUUACUUAUUUAUUUUCAUCUUACUUACAGGGUACACUUCUUGUUUAGUUCCUUCAAGAAAAAGAUGAUCUUUGGAGAAUUGUCAUCUUUGGUAUCAUUAUUUUAUGACUGAAUUUCUCUAAUAUUGAUUUAUAAUUAUAUCCAACAUACUUGCAACCUGUAGCUUACAUGUAUGUAGUACAUAUUUUGAAACUGGAUAUGUUUAUUAUUUGUUCAGUACCUUUCUUUCUCUGGGAAAUACCAUGUAGUCACUCUUUACAUGCAAUACCAUCACAUACUAGCAUAUUUAUAUAUGGGUAGUAGGUACUAGCAACCUAUGUAGAAAAAAGCAUUGCUGAUUGCUUGAAAGUCGGAAUAGCUCGAGUUCAAACCACAUGUACAUGUAGAGUGUAGUGACAGUUGGAAUUCCUGUCAAAUGCUCUUAUAAAUUUCAAAUCUGAGAUUUAAAGUUAAAGGGGAAGUUCACCUUAAUAAUAAGGCGGUUUUAAAGAAAUCAGAAAGAAGUUACAUGUAGAGAGAAAUAUUGGUGAGAUUUGAUGAAAAUUAGUCAAAAUCAAGUUUAUUUUGAUUAGCUAUGUGUUUGUGACGUCACAAAUGAGUAGCUCCUGUGUGAUAUAUACCGGGAAUAAUUCUGCUUUAAAAAUUUGAAUAGCAUUUUUGGUAUGUAAAAUAUGCUAUACAAAAUACUUAAUGCAUAGCAGUCU